AUGGAGAUGAAGAAAGUAGAUAGACCUCGGCCCAUAUUUGAUGGAGGAGGUUUGGAUAAGUCUAAGUAUUGCGCCUUCCAUGAUGGACCUGGUCACAACACUGAUCAAUGUUGGGAUCUCCGAGAUGUUGUGGAGAAAUUUGUUAGAGAAGGAAAACUAUGCCAGUAUAUGAUCAAAACUCAGGGUUCCAAAAACAAUAAGAGGAAGCCUGGAAACCGAAAAAGGAGCAAGAGCCCGGUACCUGAGAAGAAAAAGAAAGAUGAAAGGAACCAGAAAGAUGAAAGGAACCAAAAAGAUGAUUCCAACAAUGAUGAAUUCCAAGAAGCUGAAUUCAAUUGUAACGUGAUCAGUGGAGCUCUUGGAGGAGGAGGAGACACUGAAGAUAUGCAAGGUGUUUUUCCAGGGCAUGUAGAUGGGCUGGUCGUCACCGGAACCCUGGAGAAUUACCGGGUUAAAAAGAUCUUCAUAGAUGCAGGAAGCAAUGCCGACAUUAUACUAUGGGGUGCCUUCAAAAAGAUGAACCUUGUUGAGGAGGACCUCAAACCCUACAAGACAACCUUGAUAGCUUUUAACGGAGAAAAUACACCUCCUAAAGGCUAUAUAGAUCUCAGGUUGACCCUGGGAACGAAGAAAGCAUUCAAAUUCGAAAGAGUGAGAUUCAUAUUGGCUGAUGUAACACCCCGACUGCGGCCGGUGUAUUAA